AUGAUGAUGAACGCAUUUAUAGAGCCCGCGCAGCAUCAUUUGGCCAGCUAUGGGCUGCGCAUGUCGCCAAAUGGCAACAGCAACAAUCAGCAGCUCGAGUUGCAGCAGCAACAACAGCAGCAACAACAGCAGCAGCAGCAACAGCAGCAGCAACAACAACAACAGCAGCAACAACAACUGGAGGGCGAUGCAACAUCUUUGGCCGCGGCAGCCGCGUAUCAGAACUCCGGCUAUGGGCAUUUCAAUAGCUAUGCCUCGCGUGACUUUCUGCUGGGUCGACGCGGCGAUGCCACGGAUUAUGCUGGUGCCGCGGCAGCGGCAGCUGUGGCGGCGCCCAGCGCAUCUAGCGCGGAUUCGAUGUUGUUCAGCGGCUUUCCGGCGCAGGCGGCCGCGGCGGAGCUGAGCAGCGGGUUUGGGCAGCAUCCGUUUCACAGUGCCGCGGCGCAUCAUCAUCAUCAGCAUCAAAUGCGGAUGGCGGACUAUGCAACGCAUCCGUAUGCCCAGCAUCAUCAUCAUCAUGGCAAUUUCCCGUCGGCUGUGCAUGCGGCCCAUCAUCAUGCCGCCGCCGCCCAUGUCCACGCCCAUGCCCAUCCGCAUCAUGCGAUGUCUGCGAUGCAUCCGGCGGGAGCGGGCGCAUUUCUGCGCUAUAUGCGACAUCAGCCGGCAUCGGCGGCAUCCAGCGUUAAGCAGGAGAUGCAAUGCCUCUGGAUAGAUCCCGAUCAGCCGGGCCUGGGCCAGCAGCAGCAGCAGUCGGGGCAGUCGUCGCAGGGUCGCAAGACGUGCAACAAGAUCUUUCACUCGAUGCACGAAAUUGUCACACAUCUGACCGUGGAGCAUGUGGGCGGGCCGGAGUGCACCACGCACGCCUGCUUCUGGAUUGGCUGCUCGCGCAACGGCCGGCCCUUCAAGGCCAAAUACAAGCUGGUCAAUCACAUACGUGUCCACACCGGCGAGAAGCCCUUCGCCUGCCCCCAUCCCGGCUGCGGCAAGGUGUUCGCCCGCAGCGAGAACCUCAAGAUACACAAGCGCACCCACACGGGCGAGAAGCCCUUCAAGUGCGAGCACGAGGGCUGCGAUCGCCGCUUUGCCAACUCCUCUGACCGCAAGAAGCACUCGCAUGUGCACACCUCGGACAAGCCCUACAACUGCCGCAUCAAUGGCUGUGAUAAGUCUUACACGCAUCCCUCCUCGCUGCGCAAGCAUAUGAAGGUGCACGGCAACAUCGACGAGAAGUCACCGUCGCACGGCUACGACAGCGAUGGCGAGGAAAGCUCCAGCUCGAGCAUUGUGACCGGCGGCGCACAGACGCCGCCAUCGACGCGGCUGGAGGGCAGCGCGGGCAGCAGCAGCGGCGUCAGCAGCCUGAGCGGCGGCAGUGGCAUUAAAUCGUCACCGCACUCGAUUAAAUCAGAGCCAAAUCCCUUGCAUAGCGUCCAUCUGGGCGCCUCCAGCAGCGGCAGCAGCAGCACCGCCAGUAGCAGCGCCUCCCACCUGUUGCAGCAGCAGCAACAACAGCAGCAGCAACAGCAACAACAACAGCAACAACAACAGCAGCAACAGCAGCAGCAACUGGGCCCACAUCAGUCUCUGCAUGCGGAUUCGAAAUCAUCGCCUGCGCUGCAGCUGAUGGCCUCCUCCGCGUAUCUGCCACCGCCACUGGGCCCACCGCCGUCACAUCAUCAUCAUCACCAUCAUCAUCAGGUGGCGGGCAGCUCAGCGGCAGCAGCGGCGGCGGCGGCGGCAGCAUCGGCGUCUGGUUCGCCGGGCUCGGCGGCAUCGGCAUCCAUGCUGGCGGUCACUGGACAUCAUAAUCAUCAUUUGCUGUAUCAUCCGGCGGCGCAGCAUCAUCCGCCCAGCGAUUGGUAUCAUACGGCCGCGCCGGCGGGCAGUGCGGAGGCCAUGAAUCCAUUAAAUCACUUUGGCCAUCAUCAUCACCAUCAUCAUCUGAUGCAUCCGGGCGCGGCGACGGCAUAUUGAGAUUGGGAGAACUGGUGGCC